CCCUGUAAUACAGGUGGAAGAUAUCCUGUCAGAAAAGGCAGAGAUUACUAAAUUAGUCUACAUCAUAAACGACAUGCAGCUACGAAUAAGUGAACUCAGGACGAAACUAAAUCUACUUGACCUGGUACCAUCUUAAAAAAGUACUGGAGGAUCUCACUUUCCUAAAACUCUUCAAGCUCAGGACUAAACCAACCGAUGCUGAAGUGGAACAUGCUAAGGAGCAAGAAAACGCUAUGGACUACUUGUCGAGCGAAGUUGUUAAGAGACUUGCUUCUAAUCAGAACGCCAUAGUGUACAACAUACCUGACAAUGAGCCCAUAAAGUCGGUUCAGCACUCCUUGUUAAGAGCAGCAAACCUCUUAAGUACACCCUGUCAGUGUACUAGACUAAAUAAAAAUGAGUCAAACCUCUGGUACUCUUCUACAAGCUUCUUAACCACAAUGUGUAUAUUCCUGCUAAGUAUACUCGGUUCUCAGAAGACACUGGAUAUAACCUCAGACACACUAAAUGUACAGUGGCUUCAGAGAAAUGUGAAACAGCCACCAGGAGAAAGCUUUUCUUGAUUAGGUAUGCCCAAAUAUGGAACAGACUACCUCAGGAAAUGUGACUAG